AUGGCAACUAAAACAUAUGAUCGUUUAAUUUUAGGCGUUGAGAUCGUACGAGAACUAGAAGAGACGUUAUCUAGACACCAUGAAGAUACGAUUGGUGUUCUAGUAACACCCUCCAACGAAAAUUAUACGAAGCAAGCGAGGAGAGCUGCAAAAACAUCUGAGUUUAACAUAAUCCUUACAGACAAGGAAAAUAUUUGCUCGGAUCUUAUAGAUUUUGUCGAGCUUCGACAAAAGAAAGUUCAAAAUUCACAACCUUUAUUGGUUGUCAUAAUAGUUUUUGGACAAUUUCGAAAG